AUGCUUGAAGGAUCGGGCCGUUCAUGGGACGACCCUGUCGUUAUCGCCAUGCUGGAGAACUGCAUCAACUCGUACGGCUUGGAUUACGAGGGCGCUGAGAACGUUAGCCCUUACGAGCUCAUGUUCGGCUUCACACCGUGCUCUGCCCUACAGGCACGGCUCCGUAUCGAGCAACUCGACUCUGACUUCGAUGAUAUCGAGACCGAUGAUCCGACCGAGUUGACAUCUAUGGCCCGCAAUAGAGCCCUCCGUCUAGACAGGCUUCAACAACGAUUUAUCUCGAUAUGGCAAGACCGUCGUGAGCGUGCCUUCGAGACUGCUUUGAACAAGAGCUCCAAGCACCGCAGUGAUCGUCCCAUCAGCAUUGGCGACAGAGUCCUAGCUUUGGGCCGUCGCGAGCAUAAAUGGAGUCGUCGUUUCCGUGGUCCUUUUAAGGUGACUCGUAUCAUUGGUAAACGUAUUGCUGUACUGGUACAUGAAAGUACUAACGUUGUGGAGGAACACCAUAUUAAAAACUUGAAGCUCUUCCGAGAAGACGACGAUAUUCCGGACGAGGGUGUCCUCGAUGUCGAUGAUGAUAGUCGUAUGGACGGAUUGGUCUCCGAUGACCCUGAGGACCUGAUUCACGAUAAGACCGUGCCCGACGAUGAUUCUCGAGUUGCUCAAGAUGGGAGCAACAAUUUUCCACCUCAGCCGAGGCCACAGAGAGCUGCUAAGGAACGUGCUUUGCAAGCUCUGCGAGCGCAUGAUUGGAAUGGUGAUGAUGACGAUACGUAA